UUGUUUUCUUUACUUUUUCUUUUUCUCUUUUUGGUUAUAUCUUUUGUCGUCUUCAUAAUGAAGUCUGUUUUCUUUUGAGCUUUUCUGAACUAUAAAUGUCAUGGUUAUGGCUGUUAUUUGUUGGGGAAAUACAUGAUUUUUUGUAUUGAAAUUAUCGAGGAGUAAUGAAUGAAUAUUUUUCAGAAGGAAUUUGAUAAAAAAAAACUUCCAUUAAAAAUUGGUUUAACUGUGUUAUUUGAGAUAGAGAAAGUUAAAACUUACAUAUCAUGUAAAUGUUUAAAGGCCUAAUUUUGGAAUAAUUUCCAUUUAUAUAUGAUUACUAUGGGUUAUUUGAAAUUACCUUGGAAAAAAAGAGUUGGAAAAUUUUAUGCACAAAGUCAGAACAACAACCUGACAAAAAAAUUGACCAGAAGUUCUUGCUCAUAGAGGACUUGUUUGAAUUUGAGCUCUAGUUUCGAAUUAACUUAUACAAAACGAAAUGAAAAUUUCAGCAAAAAAUUCUUUUUCUUCAUUCUUUUUUCGGUAAAAAUUGUUUUAAGGCCAGAUAAAAUUGAGCAGGAAUACUUUGCAGUUGAAAGCUCAAUAAGAACGGUUCUUAAAUCAUGAAAACUAUGGUAUUGAAAUGACCUUACUAUUAAAACAUAAGAUCCAUUUAUCAAAAAAAGAAAAAGAAAGAAAGAUACCCUCGGACAGCAAACCUUGUUGAAGCGAAGAAAACUACACCAAGCAACGGAAGAGCACGCUCGUGCGAAAGCCGUUGCACGGUAGCGCAUAUGUUUUCUUGUUGGGCGCGCUAGCAGCGAAGAAAACGUAGUGCGCUAACGCACACUACACUACGGCACGAAGACAAGCAAGAAAACGGAUGCGCUAGCGGCGUGCCUUAACAAAUGUGGGAUAAAAUAUGCUUAAAUGAAUAAAGGGAGAAAAUCUUCACAUGAGCUUAAUUAUUCAGUAAGUAGAAAGAGAGAAAAACUGCAAAUGAGCUUAAUUACUCAAAUUUUAGAUGGGCUCAACGUAGGAACAUGAUUUUCCCAUGCCAAUUAAACAUGAAUUUGCAAAUUAGAGUUUGAAUCCAAUCCACUAUCUUUAAAUUGGGCAAGACACAAGUACUAAUUGCUAUCUUUUGAAGGAGAAAUGGGUUUAUGUUUGGCUUAAGUUUGAUUUAAUACAGUGCACUUAAAUUAAAGAGAAGACUUAAAGUGUCUUGCAGUUAGACUGGUGCAUGUACACUACCAUAAAUUAAAACUGAGUUUUUUGUAAUGGAAUUUGCUGGGUAUCUUGAUAAACUAGAACUCAAGAACAAUGCUUGCUUAUAGAGUAACAGACUUAGCUUCAAUGAUGUUCAUUCAUCACAUUGUUUGAGGAACACCACAUGGGGCCCACGAUUCAUUCACAUGUAUGUGUCAACAGUUUUCAUUCAAUUUGGUCAGCUCUUUCACUAUUUAUUACACAUAUUGCGAAUGCCAAGUGUUUUUACGAUUGUUUUUUUAGUUCUUCCAUAUUAUGUGCCUAGGAUUAAUUUUUGUUUUCUUAAAGAUUCAAGAUUCUCUUUGGACUCCUGAAUUGUUGUUUCUUAUUUUAGAUAGAAGUGUUAAUGAUCCAAAUAUGUGAUUGUCCUUUGUCUGGGAUUUCUUAUUGGUGGAGACAUGCAUCAAGUUGUUUUUUGUUGGGAAUUAUUUCUUGUUAUAACAUAUAUGAGGAUGAAGUUGAAGUGGGAGAGUACCCACAGAGAAGACUAAUAUAGCCUUAAUGAUGAAUUAAGAUGGGCAUGCAAAGCACGUAGACGGUUUCUGUUAUCUACUUAUGUGAGAAUAUUGUCCUAUUGGUGCAUUUUAUGCAAUAAAUAAGGUUUAGAAAAUGGAUGUUUGAUCUGGUUCUCUCGACAUGGUCCAUCCACACGAUUAUUCAACAGAUGGAACAAUCAGAAUUCUAGAUUCGAGACUAGCAUUUCAAUAGUUAUAAUCAUGAGAGAUGAAACUUGCAACUCUCUUUUUUUUUCACUACACACCGAAGCUUACGACAAACGUGGUGAAUACACACAUCUAGGGAGUGACAUUUGUUCAGUUGGUAAUUGUGUUGUAGUUGUCGACUUUACUGAUGAAUUUAAGUGCGCUUGCUCAAAGGCGCAUUGGGUUAUUCUUGUCAAUAGCUCGGUGCUAAAGGAACAGUGAGAAGUGAUUGGACGAAGAAAGUCGAUGACUGAAGGUGAAUAUCACUCCCCUCAGCAUGUCCAUACUACGUUCCUUCUCAAGAAGGUUAUGGCCCAAGUCCCUAACCCUAAUUUUGUUGAUCAUCAUCCCAAUUUGCAUCCUCGAGAUUUACUUGCACUACCAACAUGUAUCUUACUUCCUCCGCCCCUUUUGGGACAAGCCCCCUGACCCCUUCAACCGGAUCCCUCACUACUAUGCCGAAAAUGUUUCAAUGCAUCACCUUUGUUUUCUCCAUGGCUGGACCCUCCGCUCAACUCCUCGACGUGUAUUUGAUGCUAUAGUUUUUAGCAAUGAGCUUGACUUGCUAGAGAUCAGAUGGAAUGAGCUUUCCCCUUAUGUCACCAAGUUCAUAAUCCUAGAGUCCAAUACAACCUUUACUGGAAUCCCUAAGCCCCUGUUUUUUGCAGAAAAUAGGAAACGUUUUAAUUUUGUACAACCCAACCUAAUUUAUGGCCUUUUUAGUGGCCGGAAACUUAGUAAAGGAGAGGACCCAUUUGUGCUCGAGUCAGCCCAAAGGGCUGCCAUGAAUGGGCUCUUGAGAAGGGCUGGCGUUUCAUCAGGUGAUCUUGUUAUAAUGUCUGAUGCAGAUGAAAUUCCAAGCCCUCACACUAUAGAUAUACUUAGAUGGUGUGAUGGGAUCCCACCAGUGAUGCAUCUAGAGCUUCGAAACUAUCUCUACUCUUUUGAGUUCCCAGUUGACUUGGAUAGUUGGAGGGCAUCAGUACAUGUUUUUGAGCCUAGGACUAGGUAUCGCCACAGUAGGCAAUCUGAUACCUUAUUUGCAGAUGCCGGUUGGCAUUGUAGCUUUUGUUUUAGGCAUAUUGGGGAAUUUGCUUUCAAGAUGAAGGCCUAUAGCCAUGCAGAUAGGGUAAGAUUUUCGAGUUUUCUCGACCAAUCAAGGAUACAGAGGAUCAUUUGUCAAGGGGAGGACUUGUUUGAUAUGCUACCUGAAGAGUACUCGUUUAGGGAGCUAAUUAAGAAGAUGGGUUCUAUUCCUCGGUCCUUUUCGGCGGUUCAUCUCCCAUCGUACUUGAUUAAGAAUGCUGAGAACUUCGGGUUUCUUUUGCCUGGGAACUGUUUCCGCGGUCCUGGCUGAUUACCUGUUAGUGUGCUUUACUUUCUGUUUUUCUUUUAGAUUUUUUGUUCUCUCUUCUGGUGAUCUAAAAACAUGGAGUUAUUUAUGCUUGGUUUGAAUUCCCAGCUGGGGAAUUUAAAAGUGUAAUGGAGUAUUUUUUGUGGGAAGGCAUGAGAAACAAAAGAAAGGUCCAACAAGAACGAAGGGGGUUGUCAUUGUUGUGCUUUACUUAUAUCUUAUUCUAUUGGCUUGAAUGAGUCUUAUUUUCAGUGGAAAACUAGGAAUAUUGUUUUCUGAGAUGAGGUGACAGAGAAGGCUAGUUACUUAAUGUGGACCCAAGUAGAACUGAUCUUCCAAAAUUCAAAUGCACCCAAGACGUCAGUUGUAACACCUACUUUUUAAUUGUAUUAAAUUGGAUA